AUGAUAAUUGAUUUGGCUGUGUUCGUUUUGCUAUCUAUAAUAAUCAUAUUGUCAGUUAAAUCAAUAGCAGAAAUGUAUUCAGAAAUAGAUACUUUACUCGAAGUAGCGAUAGUAGUUAUAGCUAGUUUAAUUAUAAUUACUUUUCUUAGCACUUUAUUUAAGAAAAUAACAAAUUUCGUAAGAAUUGCGAUACUUUCAAUAUACUUUGGAUUAUUACUUAAUUUUUUAAUAUUAAUACUUUUAGGGCACAAAAAUGAACUUUAUGAUAUUUGUAAUAGUUUCUUGAACAAUGAAAUUGUUACAAAUGACUCCAAAAUAUACCAAUCAUUUGGUGGGAUUAUACCAAUAAUUCUUAUUCUUAUAAGUUGCUCAAUUAAUUUUUAUUUAGCAGAAUAA